GCACUGAUUUGCUGGUUGCAGACGAAUUUUCUAGUAGCCUCAUUCUGAGGUUGCCAUCAACAAGCAACAUGGCGUCCAAAGGCAAAGCGGAUCCAGAUUUGGAUGAUUUUUUAAGCAAAGUUGAUCAGAUUGAAUCCAUUGUAAAGACCCUUAAGUAUGGAGAUGACACACAGGUCAAGACGGCGAUGCAGGAAGCAGAUACCAUGCUGGCACAUGCCAAAACCCACAAGGGUCAUUUCCCUGAGGAUCUGGGGCCAGUGGAACCAGGGGAUGAGGAUCUGCCCAAAACAAAGACUGGCUUCAGUAAAACUAUGAUCAACUCAGCCCCAACUACAACUUCCAAUCCAGAGAGGCCAGGUACUGAUGUUCCCCAGUUUGACAGUGCAAACCAAGAUUCCUUCAUGGCUGCAAUGGAAGCUGACGCAAAUGAAAGAGCUGAACGACGGAAAAAAAGACAGAAGGAAGCGAACGUAAUAAAAGAGAAAGGAAAUGAAGAAUUUAGACAGGGGAACUACGAAAAAGCAUUAGAGUACUAUUCAGAGGCUUUACAAAAAGUUAAAGACAACACAGUGUUAUAUACAAACAGAGCCCAGACCCUCAUCAAACUUCACAAGUACGAGGAGGCUCUCACAGACUGUGACUGGGCCCUCAGGGUAUUCCCCAACUGUAUAAAGGCCCAUAUCCACAUGGGUCGGGCACACAUGGGCCUGGGUCAGUACGAGAAAGCCAGAGAGUGUCUCCAUAAAGCUCAGGAGUGUGACCCGAAACGAGAGACAGCGAUUAAAGAAUACCUGUCAGAGGUUGACCGUCUGGAACAAAAGGAGACGCAGGAAGCUCAGGCCAAGCAGUUGUUUGACUCGGGAGACGAAAGUGCACAGACAGUGGUACAGUUACUGGAGAAAGUGUGUAAACCAGAACAGCUUCCUCUGUUCUACAGUGGAGGGUUCACUCUGAUCUGUAGCCGACUCCAGACAGUGGAAGAUAAGACUUUAUUCCGAACAAAUGGCGGCAUUGAUCUGUUCUCUAGUCAUCCAUGUUUCUCGCGGUGUAUAGCCUCCCAACCUAGGAGUCUGUCCCAGGAACAACUCACCAUGCUGACAGCAGGCAUCGAGAUGUUGGCUAUGGCAUGUACAGAAAACGAAUCAAAUCAGCAACAGUUAUUAGGAAUCAACAAUUUCUCUGAAAACAUUCUCCAAUUUAUGGAAGUGAAAAUCAAAGGUCAAGGUCGUCUGAUGAAAUCUGCCUGUGUAACAUUAUUACAUCGACUGACUUUGUCUGAAUUAGGGAGAUCAACAGUGAUUCGUGUGUUCAAUCUGACAAGAUUAAUUACGGUACUGUUUGAGCUGAUAAGAACCAAUGUCACUAUAGCCAUUACUGCGGGCAGUGUACUUAAUAACCUGGCACUAGAUAAAAUGUUUAAAUCCAAAUUAAGAGACAAGAUUGAUGUAGAUGUACUGCCUGCGUUUGAAUCCUUAUUGAAAGACGGUUGUUCUGGCCAAGCCUGUGUUCUCCCGACAUGCGUGACGACCAUGAUGAACCUGGCAACAGACACAAUUAUACGAGACAAGUUGUGUGAACGUCAGGACCUGUGGAAGGCUGUGAUGGAUCUUAUGGCACAACACAAAGAGUGUCUGGAGCAGCCAAUCAGUGUGGAGCUUGUCGAGUCGUUACUCGGCCUGCUGUCUAACUUGACAUUCACGGUGUCCCCACAACACAAGGAACAUGCCCUCAAUAUCUGUAAACAGUGCCUAGAGUUCUGUAAAAAGUUUAAACACUACAAACUUAUCGUAUCACGCAGUCUGGGCGUGCUCAGUCAUGUCCUGCCUAAAUCUAUACCGUCCGUCGACUGGCUGUGUACGGAGAAUGGUGCCGAAAUCCUCAUGUAUCAUGUGAAGAGUGAGGAAGAUGCAGAGAACAGAAAACAUGCAUUAAAGGGCCUGACAGCCUGUACCCAGAUCAACGAACUCGCGCGGAUAUUUGUGGUAGAUCAUAAAGGCCUUGGGACGCUGAUACGACUACUGAAGGCAGACGAUGAAAUUCUGAUCGGAAACUCAGCAUUAAGUCUUGGUCACUGUACCCAGGUGCCCAAGGUGUGUGCAGCAUUAGCUAAAACAGACAUUAUCAAGGACUUAUUAGUGUUAGCGAGAGACGGCAAACGUCCAGCAGUACAACAGAACUGUGCCAUUCUCAUCGCCAAGCUGGCUCAGGGAGAUUCCAGACACUUAUCAAGGUUACGAGAGCUCCAUGGUGUUGAUAUCCUUCACACUUGUAUGAAACAUCUCAAGUAAAUAUGUCUGUCGUCCUUCUGUUCCGUCACCUGAUGUUUCUCUUCUUCAUAUACACAUCAACACCUGGUGUUCCUCAGACGACCGACAGACACGUGUCAUCAUUACCUGGUGUUCCUCAGACGACCGACAAAGACACGUGUCAUCAUCACCUGGUGUUCCUCAGACAACCGACAGGGACACGUGUCAUCAUUACCUGGUGUUCCUCAGACGACCGACAGGGACAUGUGUCAUCAUUACCUGGUGUUCCUCAGACGACGGACAGUGACAUGUGUCAUCAUUACCUGGUGUUCCUCAGACAACCGACAGGGACACGUGUCAUCAUUACCUGGUGUUCCUCAGACGACCGACAGGGACAUGUGUCAUCAUUACCUGGUGUUCCUCAGACGACGGACAGUGACAUGUGUCAUCAUCACCUGGUGUUCCUCAGACGACCGACAGAGACAUGUCAUCAACACCUGGUGUUCCUCAGACGACCGACAGAGACACGUGUCAUCAUCAUCCAGUGUUCCUCAGACGACUGACAAAGACACGUGUCAUCAUCACCUGGUGUUCCUCAGACGACCUACAGUGACACGUGUCAUCAUCACCUGGUGUUCCUCAGACGACCGACAAUGACACGUGUCAUCAUUACCUGGUGUUCCUCAGAUGACCGACAGGGACACGUGUCAUCAUCACCUGGUGUUCCUCAGACGACUGACAGGGACAUGUGUCAUCAUCACCUGGUGUUCCUCAGACAACUGACAGAGACAUGUCAUCAUCACCUGGUGUUCCUCAGACGACCGACAGUGACACGUGUCAUCAUCACCUGGUGUUCCUCAGACGACCGACAGUGACACGUGUCAUCAUCACCUGGUGUUCCUCAGACAACUGACAGAGACACAUGUCAUCAUCACCUGGUGUUCCUCAGACAACUGACAGAGACACGUGUCAUCAUCACCUGGUGUUCCUCAGACGACCGACAGUGACACGUGUCAUCAUCACCUGGUGUUCCUCAGACGACCGACAGUGACACGUGUCAUCAUCACCUCGUGUUCCUCAGACGACCGACAAAGACACGUGUGUCAUUGUCACCUGGUGUUCCUCAGACGACUUACAGUGACACGUGUCAUCAUCACCUGGUGUUCCUCAGACGACCGACAGGCAGACACGUGUCAUCAUUACCUGGUGUUCCUCAGAUGACUGACAGGGACACAUGUCAUCAUCACCCGUUUUUCCUCAGACGACCGACAAAGACAUGUGUCAUCAUCACCCGUUAUUCCUCAGACGACCGACAGUGACACGUGUCAUCAUCACCUGGUGUUCCUCAGACGACCGACAGGCAGACACGUGUCAUCAUUACCUGGUGUUCCUCAGACAACUGACAGGGACACAUGUCAUCAUCACCUGGUGUUCCUCAGACGACUGACAGGGACACGUGUCAUCAUCACCUGGUGUUCCUCAGACAACUGACAGGGACACAUGUCAUCAUCACCUGGUGUUCCUCAGACGGCCGACAGGGACACGUGUCAUCAUCACCUGGUGUUCCUCAGACGACCGACAGGCAGACACGUGUCAUCAUUACCUGGUGUUCCUCAGACGACCGACAGUGACACGUGUCAUCAUCACCUGGUGUUCCUCAGACGACUGACAGAGACACAUGUCAUCAUCACCUGGUGUUCCUCAGACAACUGACAGGGACACACUACAAAACAAUCUCAGGAUCAUGGAAUUCCUCUUUUAUGUGUUCUUUUUGUUUUGUUGUUGCAAAGUGAUAUAAUCACAAGUUGUAAAUCUACUUCAAACGAGCAUUACCUGAUUGAUUUCUCUCGUCACCGAGGAAAAAUCGUGAAAUUGAUACGGCCAGUUGGUGGACAUAACAGUAUUACUAAUGAAGAGUUUGUUACAGUUUCUCUGGUUGUGGAAAGUUUGUACAUUGUAGUCUACAUUUGGAAGAUAUUUAUAAGUGAUUUGCUCAAAUUGAAAAAAGUUUUUCUGUGAAAUUCUGAUUUGAUGAAUUCCGGAUAUUUGUUGAAGCAGAACUACUUUGAAUUGUUCGGUCGAUACAAUUUUGUUUUUAAGACACUGUAAUUAUGUUGACCAAUUAAUUUAUAUUCAAACAUUUGAAAAAUGUUUGUGACAAAGCACAUAUCUAAAAUAAUAUAUUUACAAUUUUUAUAUAAGUAUUGAUGACUAUUGACCCCGAGACAAAAUGAUAUGCCAGUGACCCUAUUGUUAGUUUAUUUGUGAUUUUUAGUAACAGAAUAUCUGGUCAAAAGAAUAACUGAUCUUGAUAUCCGUCUGGGCCCUGAACAUGAUUGAAUCUCCAGUUUAGUCAUAUAACAAAGUAUUGGAAAAUAUUAAUUCAUGACAAUUUUUUAAAAUUAUAUAAUGUAAUGUGUGUAUUAUCAAGCGGAGUGUUGUACCUGGGUAAGAAAACAUUUGGAAAGACGAUCAAGGAAUUCCAUUCUAAAAAUAACCAAGGAAUUUCAUUCUUAAAUAAUCAUGGAAUUACAUUCUUAAAAUAAUCAAGGUGUUCCAUUCUAAAGAUAAUCAAGGAAUUCCAUUCAAAAAAUAAUCAAGGUGUUCCAUUCUAAAGAUAAUCAAGGAAUUUCAUUCUAGGCGAGUUAUUUAUUUCUUAAUCAUACUAAAAAUUCAGUGCAUUAAUGGAUUUAUGUAGAUUAACGUGAUAAUGACUUGUGUUCACAGUACUUUCUGUAAAAACGAUAAACAGAAACUGUAACAACUUGUAACACAAUAAUGAAUAAUAUAGCACAAUGCUUUCAGCACUAAAACCCCUAAAAUAAGAUUACUGCUAAAAUCUGUACAUUUACAGUACAAUUGUCCCGUUUUGAAUCGUGAGCUACUGUAAACCAAUUUAUUUUGGCGGCAACAUGAUUUAGCGUUUUCAUGCAAAACAGUUUUUUGCGGCAAUUACACAAUUUAAUCGCACUCGAAAAUAAGUUGGAUUCCAGUAUAUUUUUCCACAUAGUAUGAAAACAUAACUAUUUUAUCUAUAGUGACUAGAAUUUGUUAUUUUCUUGACUCCAUUCUCUAUAAAUAAGAUGUGACUGUCUUACUUCGUGCGUCUCAGUAGAUUUGUCACUGGAGUGUCUCACCACGAAAGUCAUUAAAUUGUCGUGUCUCCUAUCACAAGACUCGGUGAGGUCUCCCUCUACAAAACGUCUCCUAUCACAAGACUCGGUGAGGUCUCCCUCUACACAACGUCUCCUAUCACAAGACUCGGUGAGGUCUCCCUCUACAAAACAUCACCUCAUUAUCGUUAUCACUGUACAUUAGUAACAUUACAGAUUUGAUUUUUUAUGAAUGAAUAAAUUUAUGAUAUAUUGUC